AUGACACCUCCUCCUCCUCCUCCCCGCACCCCCCCGAGGAGACCCUCGGCCAACGACCCGCUGAGUAGUACCUUCAACGCUACUUAUGAGAAGCUGCAAAGGCUUUCAAAGCAUCGCCGUAGCCAGGAAGCCUUCUCGCAUCUUCCUCCACUACCGAACAGCCAGGUCAUUAGUCGUGGACUAUCUGAAGUCCUCAGCGGUAUCCUCACCAUAAGACACAGCUGGUGUCGAACUGAGGAGACCAAGGCCAGAUUUGUUGAGGAGAUAAAGGCGGUCGAGGCCAGAUACGCUGAGGAGAUGAAGGCGGUCGAGGCCAAACAUGCUAAAGAGCUUAUCCACCCUACAGUGAUCAAAUCGAUCGCGGCUUUGGCCCUCCACCGAAGCAUAUCUUGGUCCAGGGCCAGGAUCGAGGAGAUUAGGGGCGAGCACCAGGCUGCUCAGGUAGCCCUCGCGACUGCUCAACAACAGGAAAGGGACGCCAAGGCGGCCCUGGAAACUACCCGGGAAAACGAGAGGGUCGCACAGGCUGCUUCGGUUGCUGCGCAAACCAAGCUGGAGGCAUCUCAGAUCAAGCUGCAAGAGGCCGAGGCCACCAAGGUCGCCCUAGCCACUGCGAAGAUCGAGCUCGAGGAAGCCAAGGAUGCCCGGGCCGCACUAGACGCCGCGAAGGUCGAGGCCGAGGAGGCCAAGGCAGCUCUGGCGGCGGAGAGGGUCCAAUUCGAUGUGUUUUGUCCAAGCAUGGAGGACUGGAUUGGUAGCCAACAUCAUUGUGCUCAAGUUGUCACACCAAAUGAUCAGAGUUAUUGGGAUGGGAACUUGAAGUUCUUGGAGAAGAGACUUGAACUAAGUAAGCUCAGCAGUGGCAUUUGCUAG